AUGAACGACAACGACAAACAAAUCAUGAUUGGAGUUCUCCAACAGAUCGACAGAGUCGAUUUCAAAGCCCUCGCCCAAUCUCUCCACCCCGAGCUAGAACCUGCAGAAAUCACCCGAGCCAUGGUUGAGAGUCUUCGAAUACGCUGGAAAGGCCUGAAACAACGACAUGGAAUCGAACCUCCUCCUACCAGCCCCAACGUCUCGCCGAAGAAAGAAGCAAACAGAGCUUUAAAUAGAGCUGGCAAUGGAAGUGGGAGAGGUAGAAAGCGAAAGGUCACCAUCGAAGACAACGACGAGUCUGAACCCCCGAGCCCGACGAAAAGGAAAGACAAAAGGACAGGGAAAGGCAGUUGUGAAGUUGGAGAUCAGCGAUAA